AGAUGGUGAAGGCAAUGACACACAUUGCAAGAGCCUCCCGCCCUUGAUCCAAGCUGGGUGCUGUUGUUGGAUUGAUCAUUCUUUGCUGUCUCCACCGUAUAAGGCUUGUUACCGUCUGCUGAGGUUGUUUACUGUACUGCAUAGUAUCAAUAUGUUGCGCUAUAUCAAGAAGCGAGCGAAUCGGGGCGACAGUGGCAGUAGUGAUGCCGGUGGAGGAGGAGAUUCCACGGCCGAUCCAAUUUCCAACAUUCACCAAAGUCUCUCCCAAGAACUCACCACUACAACUAGUACCACCACCACUACGACUAGUAGUAGUACAACUACGUCUGCUCCAGCUCCAACUACCAAGAAAGGCAAACCCCGGAAAAACGCGUCGUUGGCGGAUCAGCAACGAUAUUUGGACGAGACGUUGCUGUCACAAAAAGUGGAACACUUGUCCAAUUUUGAUGCCUGCAUUGAAGCAUGCGAUGCUUUAGCGGCAUCCGCUUCGGCAUCGAGUCGACGCGACCCUGUAUCCAAUUUGGUGGAUUGUUCCGUCUUGGUAUCUCCCGAUGGCGAUUUGCUCCUCUUGCCAUCGCAGCAACAACCCGCUCCCUUGCAGUCCAGCAGCAGCAUGGAUGAUAUGGAUGGAUCGUCGUCUUCUAUUCAUUUCAAAUCCCCCUUGACAGAAUUGGGAGACGAUUACGAAUCGGCAAUUUACGUGGGAAACGAUUUGGAUGCGCGGGGAGAUGCCGCAUGGAAUGGAUUUUCCGCCAAUGGAUGGAGCAUUCCGGCCGUCUCGUUGGCACUGCGACAAACCGAACAAUCCCUCCACGAUUUUGCCGAUUUUUGCGAAGAAAUUGUCCUUUCCAAAAAGGAAGCCGCGUCUCGCAAUAAUCUGGCGUGUGAUAAAUUACGAGCCGUCUCGUACGAACGAGGGCCGGUUCUACCGGAUGAUUUGCGGCAGGACGCCUUGCGCCAAGACGAUACCGCCACUUCCAAAUUCGAAUUGACCCAAUUUCGGUCUGGACCCAUGCUCUUUAAUGGAGGCACGCUGCACAAGGCACAUGUCGCACUCGAGGAGUAUUACAAUACCAUGGCAGAAUCCGAAUGCGAACGAUGGAGAUUGGCAUCGCUGCAACGCAAGGGAGCUUUGCCGCCCUUGCGCAAAGCUGCCACAAGAACCGAAGAACGAUCCACCAAUCGACUCGAAACCUUGCGGGAAACAUAUGGGCGCGUCAAGAAAAUUGAAGACCAUUUGGCCGAAUGCAAGGCGGCCGCACAAAAACGGUGGAUGGAAGUCGAACAAGCCGAAGAGACAGUCACCAAAGUGGUUGCCGAACGCAUGAUGGAGCGCAAUAAAAAAAUGGAAGAUCAGCGAUUGAAGGAAUUCCAAAAACAGGGAGAAGCAGAUGGUGGGAGUAAUGGUAACAACAACCACAACAAUCAGGCCGAAAUUUGGGAUAUCGUGUCGCAAGUGGCAGCGUCCAUGGAAAAUGGAUCUUUUGAACCAUUGGAUUUUCCACAAUCUGCGACAGAGGGUGCUGUGACACCCAUUACGCCACCGCCCAUGACAACCACAACAACAAUAAUGGAAGAACCCGAUGAUUUGCCAACGCGCAUGGAUAUUGAAGAGGAAGUGGGAUUGCCUGAAUUGCGCUCGGCCGCAUUUGCCGCCGAUCGUCUUGUCCAAGAUGCGGCCGGAUCACUUCUCAAUGUAUUGUCCAGUCUCGAUCAAAUUCGACGAUCGGCACGAAUAUCGGCCGAAACCAAUCUGCUCAGUGCUUGCAAUGCACAAGCCGACUGCAUUAAAUCCAUUAUUCGCUUGGAACGAGCUGCCGUGGAAGAACGAAUGCAGCGAAUCGAAGAAAUGGAACGGAUCGUUGACAAGAUUGAUGUACGGCGAGACCUCAACACGUACAUUAAGGAGGAUCGCAAACGACCCGGUGGAUCAGCGCCUUUGGGACAGGACGAUGACGGGGGAAUUGCCAGUGCAUUGGCCGUGCUCUCGUCGCAUGUCGAGGGUGAUAUGGGAAACGACACCCCCAGGACAAUGUACAACAAUAGUAACCACACUGAACCGCAAGACAGCAUUGCCAAGAAUGUAUCAGCGGAAGAAUUGGAAGAAGCACUGGAAAAGCUAUUUAUUCAGGACGAUUAUCUCAACCCCGAUGCACCCGAAUCACCCGACCGGCAGCAAGCGCGAGACGAUUUCCAAAAGGCCGUUCAGUUGCUCUGCGAUGUGGCCAUUGAAAAGUCCAAGGCGGCCAGGCCCAAGCGGUCACGAAUGUGCUAUGCGUUUAAUGCCAAACGGAGCUCACAUGCCGAAAUCAAAACGCCCAUUCAAUUCGAUGCCAUGUGCAAAGUCUUCUCCUCCAUUCUGAGUGGAUGUGACUGUGAGACAGGUGGGGUGUCGAAUGCAAAAAUGUGCAUGAUGCUCUCCCAGACAUUUUACUUUGCCGAAAAGGUCACAACCGAUGGCAACGACAAGGAGCAACGAAGCAAGCGGGUAUAUGUUAAGAACAGGCUGAUUGGUCAUCCGCUGUGGUUGGAAGAGGAGUUCUGGGAUCAAGUGCUAUUCCAAUGUCUAUCGGAGUCAUUAACCAAUUCUGGCGUCAUGUCAAACUUUGAACGGCAUUCUACCAACACUGAUAAUCGUACUACAGAAUGGCGCGAGGGGCGGAAGAUCCAGUGGUACGACUUGACUCCAGCAGAACGCACCGAAGCGGCGUCCCAGGUGCAUGCCGUUGUCUUUGCCCAGCUGGGUGCGUUGGCGCACUCCAUGAUUGAGUUUGGGUGUGGGCUGGAGCGGUCGUGUGCCUUUGUAAGGCGCAUGGCCAUUCGAAACCAGUUGCCGCUGUCACAACGAACAAUCCUCCUGCAACACUUGGUGGCGCGCAAAAUUGACAGUGAGUCAGAGCAGCGAGUCACUUUACUAGAUAAGUUUGGUGCACCAGUCAGUGAUGAAAGCGAAGGGGGCAAGGAGUUAGCUGCAACAAACGCUGCAGAAGAAGGUACCCUCGAGGAGAAAAGCCCUACGCCCGGGAACGAUGCAAGUGCGGAAAAUCAAGAAGAACCAAAAGACGACGAGUAGUAACGUGAUGGGGUUAGCUAGCUAGAAAUGAUUGUUCCUUAUAGUGCAAGUCGUUGGCUACG